ACCGCCAUUUCGAGGAUCGUUCAGUGUUUGAAAGGUUACGUGUUAAACCGCGCACUACUACACUAGAAAGUAUUUCUAAAUAGUGCUCCACCAAAGGGUACCCUCAUUUAUACAGUGCACUUUGUAGGGCGGUAAAACUCGGAUUAGGACGUAGCCAAUGUUUCAAGCUUUUCCCCCUUCAUCUUGUCAAUUCAUUCAGAAAUAAAAAAAAAAAUGUCUGAAGAAAACCCAACAACCAAAGCUUUUUGGAAGUUAAAACGUUAUGGGCGUUUUCUACCAAAAGCCAAAAAUGUCGGGGGAAACUCUUCAUGGAAGGUGUUCGAGUCCAGUGAAAGCAAAGGCACGUUGGAGCUGACGAUACUGGAAUCUGGUCAUCUGCUCGUCUCACAGGCUCAGGAGCUGUUGGAAGGCUUCUCUCUUCUCAAUGCUCAGAGCUUUCUGAAGAUCCAGCAGAAAUCAGACAGCCUGCUUUUCUACUUCACACUAAAGGAAGAGAGUCGUAUGAUACGACUACAGUUUGAGGGCAGCAGCAGGUCUGAAGCUGUAGAUUUAUGCAGGAAGGCAGUCGAGAGAUUGAAUGAAUAUCUGCCAGUAGGCACCCAGGAGCAGCCUGGCCCUUCAUCUGCAACUCACACCACUGGAAUCUCUAACCAGCAACAGCAGACUCCUGUAGCGGCACCGCAGGUGAUCCAUGACGUUAUCCAGGAAUCUCUGUCCAUCAGGCAGCUUUGUCAGUAUUUGCUGGGUGAGAGUGGACUGUCGCUGCCUUUGGCAUAUCGUCAUUACACUCUGCCUCCUGGUGAUAUGGAAGGUCUAUUGCGCCUGUGUUUGCUCGACUCUGGCUUCCCUGGUUUUGUAGAAGACGUGGAGAAAAUGCUAAAAGGCUUGAUCCAAGAAUGAGGUACAACUCACUUCAAUGUUUGUGACAGCAUUCACUUCCAGUAUUGGACAUGGUGUAUAACAUAUGGAACAAAACUUUAAAGGAAAAAUCCACCCUGAACAACUUGCAUAUUGCAACAUGCUGUCUAUAAUGGCAUCCAAGAUUUGUGUUGUAGUGAAAUUUUGUGUUGACUUUUUUAGUUUAAACUUCUUUCAUUGACUUGUUGGUCUAUUUUCCACUUCAGUUAAUGGUUUCCUACAUUACCCACAAUGCCGUUUGAGUACCCGUUGUGGGAUUUAGCCCUUGCUUCAUCUCUACCUAAAGAGAGCGAUGCAGCAGUGCUUUAGUCCUUUAGUCUGUCCAGCUUUCUUACCUCUUCAUCUGUACGCUCUGCUCAAACAGAUCAGCUUCCAAAGGUUCAACUUUUGUGUUAAUAUCACCAUCAAUGCCAUCGUCAUCUCACAGAUCGCUAACUAGCCGAGGCAAGUCUCUUAACUCAGAGUCGUAAGCAGCUGCAUUGCAUUCUAGGGCUUUGAGACCAGCAUUUGCACCAACGUCAAAACAGCAAAACAGCAUUAUAACUGCACUAGCAAUAACAAUGUCCGCUAUGACAUCAGUGCAGGAGACAACUGCUUACUUCUCACAGGAAAUAACAAUACAGCACCAAUUAACAAAUUAGCACCAGAAUCGCUAACCACACCACAAACAUUUAAAUGUAAACAUGUUUAAUGUCUUUCAGGGUGGACUUUUCCUUUAAGCCAGUCAAUUACGUCAAUCAAGCAAUCCAAACGACACAUUCAUUCAUAUUUUUGAGCCUUUAUU